ACUAAAUAAAAGUUUUAUUUAAUUAAUAAAUUCUCUAUUAAAAAUGCUGCAUAUAAAUAAAACAAAAAGCAUUUUCAACAAAACCUCCUUUAACUUAUUGAAAAGAUGCGCCUCCACUCACAAAUCAUUCGGCAGCCAGGCGGCUUCAUCCAUUACCGAUGCACCCGAGCAUGAGGAACAAAUUGCAGAACAACCUUCAUCCAAACUGCCACCUCGUCAGCCUUUAGCGAAAAACUUUUUUGCUGGCCUAGUUGACAAUGAGUUGCUGGCUUUUCCGGAGGUUAUAAGCCGUGAGGAUAUGGCUCGUUUACAGAAUGAAUUGUUGCCAUUGAAAAAUUUCUUUGCUGAGGAUUUUGACAGUCAUACGGCCAGUGCUACUCAUGCAUUGCCCACUGGUUUGGCUGAUAAUUUAAAACAGCUUGGUUUGUAUGGUGCCAAUGUCAGUAGUGACUUUGAUGGUAAAGGCUGGGGUUACAGUGAAAGUCUGAUGGCUUCUGAACCUGAAGCCCAAGCUACCGAAGUGGCAUUGAGUUUGCUGGGACAUCGUAGUAUUGUAGAUGUUAUACAAGAGUUGGGCUCGCCGGAGCAGAAGCAAAGAUUUCUGCCUAAGUUGGCGAAUGGUUCCCUUGUUGCUUCCGAAGCUAUUUAUGAAUUCGAAGCAUCGGAAGAUGAAUUUUUCAACACCAAGGCCCAGCAAGAAAGUGAAACACACAGUUGGGUAUUGAAUGGCACCAAAGCAUUUGUAGUAUCUCCCCCUAAGACUUCUGAUGCCGACCAAUUGUUUUUGAUAGUUGCACAAACCCAAAAGUCCAAUAUACAAAAUGAUGCUGCUCGCUCGACAACAAUAUUCCUUGUCGAUUCGAAUACACCCGGUGUUAAACUGGGUGAAAAACAUCAAACAUUGGGUUGUCGAGCCACCACAACACAAACAUUAACUUUGGAAAAUGUGCGUGUUUCGGAUAGUUGUGUUCUGGGUCAUGCUCACGAAGCCAAUGUAGUGGCUGAUACCUUGUUAAGAUCCAGUCGUUUACGUAAUUCUAUGGUUGGUUUGGGUAUGGCGAAAAAUAUACUCCAAGAAAUUUCCCAUCAUUGUAUUGAGAAAAAGCUAUGUGGAGUGGUGAUGAAAGAUUUGGAAUCGGUACAAACUCAUUUAGCUAAAUCCUGUCUGUCGAUUUACAGUAUAGAAAGCAUGAUUUAUUUGACAGCUGGUUUGUUAGAUGAAUUUAAAUCUCCUGAUGUUGCUUUGGAGUCGGCAAUUACUAAGUAUCACUGCCUUAAGGAACUUUUCAAUAUUUGCACCACAUCUUUGGAUAUAAUUGGUCCCAAAUCAUUACAUGCGGGACAGAUAACUGAAACCUAUUUCCGUAAUGCUGCCCAACUAUAUACUUUAGGGGAGUCUAUUGAUAAUUUAAGCAUAUACAUAGCUUUAAGUGGAUUGCAGCAUGCAGGAAGUCUAAUGGGAGACAGUAUACGCAAGCAGCGCAAUCCCCUGUUCCAUCCUGGUCACAUUUUCUCCAAAUUCAUGGAAAGAUCAAAUAUCGAUAAUCCAAAUACCGAAAUGAAUCUUAAGGAAAAUGUUCAUCCCACCUUAGAGCCAGCUGCUUUGUGUAUUGAACAUUCUGUGGCACGCUUGCAAAUGUCUGUCGAUCUUCUGUUCACCCGUUAUGGCAACGGUAUUGUGGAACGUCAUAAUGAAUCCAGGCGUUUGGCCGACAUGGUCACCACAAUUUAUGCCAUGUUUGCCAGUGUAGCCCGCGCCUCACGAUCCUAUUGUAUUGGUUUACAAUUGGCUGACCAUGAAAUGUUGACGGCCAUGAGUAUUUGUUCUGAUGGUCGAGAUAAAGUAAAAACCCUGGCUCAGGAAGUAUUCAAUGGACAGUUUGUUAAUAAUGAUAACAAUUUGCAAAGGCUGUCAAGACAAAUUGUUAAGAGUAAAGGUUAUUUUGCUACACAUCCAUUGACGUAUAAUUUCUAAGGUUUGUUAAAGAAUGAUUAAGUUUAAUUUUGUAAAAUAAUAUGUUGAAAUAAAGUGAUAAAAUCACCUAUAGACGAAAAAA